AUGGAACUCCUUGACGAGCUCGAAGCCAUGGCCCAAGCUGCAUUGGUAUCUCAGGACGAUGAUGACAUCCCUGAAUCGGCUAUCGCUCGUCGGCAAAAGCUAUUUGGCUACUCAGCUGCAAUGGCGGAGACAAAGAUCACGGAGCACCGAAACGACCCCUUGCGUUUCACUGUUUCUGAAGAUCACUGGGCUGUCGAGCGAGAUCGUAUGGAGGCUGAGGGACACGACCAUGAAUCUUAUGAACACUCAUGCAUUCGUACCUCGCGAGAUGCGAUCAACCAACGCCAGGAGAUGAAUAUGAAGGAGAAGCGAAGGCUUCGAGCCUCGACCUUCUUGGUCAAACUUGAAGGGCCCUUGCAUAGUGUCCAAGCCGUCAUUCAAGCAGUUGGUAAAUCAUCUGCAGACUCGACUCAAGUUCUUGCAGCUACCGACCUAUCUAGGCAACCUAGUUCCUUCUUCAAGGUCAAUGGGAUAGACAAGCUAGCCAUUGAAGGAUGGCUAAGGGAGAAUCCUUAUCCUGGUUUCACACCCACAUUCAUUCGGGAUCUAAAUGCACCAAAAGUUCUCUCGUCAAAUUCUGUUCACCCAACCCUGGGUCUUGAUACAACACUGCCUCAGUAUCGACUUGGAUCAGACGAGAUACCUCGACCUGCACAGAAGGAAUACCCAGUCGGGUAUUUCUUUCACGGAACCCUUGCCGACCCAUCCGUUCUGACUCCCAGGCUGAAUACUAUGCAGCCAAGAUUCGAGGUGGAGCUUUGA